GGAGGAGGAGGAAGAGGAAGAAGAAAGAAGGAGGAGCCGCCACCGCCGCUCCCCCGGGCCGGCGCCGGGGAUGGUGUUGGCCGCGGCAGACGGGCGCUGACGCCGCGCUCAGGUGGGAAGCAGCAGUAAUGCUAACGCUGGCAAGCAAGCUGAAGCGGGAUGAUGGUGUCAGAGGCCCCCGUGCGUCCAACCCAGCGUCUGACUCCACUCGCAGGGUGUCUGUCCGGGACAAAUUACUCGUUAAAGAGGUUGCAGACCUUGAAGCUAAUUUACCUUGUACAUGUAAAGUGAAUUUUCCUGACCCAAACAAGCUCCAUUACUUUCAGCUAACUGUAACCCCAGAUGAGGGCUAUUACCAAGGGGGGAAGUUUCAGUUUGAAACUGAAGUUCCUGAUGCCUACAAUAUGGUGCCUCCAAAGGUAAAAUGUUUGACAAGAAUCUGGCACCCAAACAUUACAGAGACAGGAGAAAUCUGCCUAAGUUUAUUGAGAGAACACUCAAUUGAUGGCACUGGCUGGGCCCCAACCAGAACCUUAAAGGAUAUUGUCUGGGGGUUAAACUCUUUAUUUACUGAUCUUUUGAAUUUUGACGAUCCUUUGAAUAUUGAGGCUGCAGAGCAUCAUUUGCGUGACAAGGAGGACUUUCGGAAUAAAGUUGAAGAUUACAUUAAGCGCUACGCCAGAUGAUGAAGGGGGAUGGAUGGAUGGAUGGAUGGCAGGACCACGGCUCCACUCGAGUUGUCCUGAACUUCAACAGCAGCCAAACCAGCCCGGAUUGUACCAGCCCUGUGUCCAUGUUGUACUGAAGAAGAAAACUAACUUCAUAACCUGUCCAUAUUCAAAGGAGAGUUCAGCAUAAAUACAGCAAGAAAUUGUGUCUGUUGGUUGAAAAAGUUGUCUGCUUCCUUUUACAAAUGUUUACUCUUCUGACUGUACUGUAUAUCCUGUUGAUGAGAUACGCUUUGAGAAGUUAAAAGAAAUCACUAUUGAAAUUGUAAUUACACUUUUUUUUUUUUUAAAUGCUUGCCUAAUGUGGAGGGGGGGGAAGGAAAAAAAGACAAACCCAAACAACCCAAGCAGAAAAGGUGGCAUGUUUUUGGAACAUUUCGAGUUGGCAAUAAAUGGUCUCCUGUGAACCAAA